UUUGAGAUAUAUAAAUCGAAACUCGAGCAUAGAUUGUCAUCAGUCUCAGAAGUUUUCUAGUCCGACAAUCAAUCCAAAUCACAAUGUUCAAGAUCCUGCUUGUCUGCGCCCUUAUUGCCCUGGUGGCCGCCAACUCCAAUGUCGAGGUCAAGGAGCUGGUCAACGAUGUGCUGCCCGACGGCUUUGUGAGCAAGCUGGUCCUCGACGACGGAUCUGCCUCUUCGGCCACUGGAGAUGUCCACGGAAACAUUGACGGAGUCUUCGAGUGGAUUUCCCCCGAGGGCGUCCAUGUGCGAGUGGCCUACAAGGCCGACGAGAACGGAUACCAGCCCCAGAGCGACCUUCUGCCCACUCCCCCUCCGAUUCCAGCGGCCAUUCUCAAGGCCAUUGCCUACAUCCAGGCCAACCCCAGCAAGAACUAAGCGACUCCGCCACUAAGAAACUCAUGGAUUGGAAACAGCUUGUUUGAAGUAGACUUCUCUCACCUGCUGUUUUAGAGUUAAGAAUAUGUACUUAGGGAAUCCCAAAUAAAUUAAAACUUGCAAUCUGAA